UUUAAAACACCACAGCUGCUCUUCAGUUUUAGUCAAACCGACAUCAUGGUGUUAAAGAAAGACGUCCUUGUGGCUGCUGCAGCUUUUGUUUGUGCCCUCAUUUCGCACAGUGAGGGCAUAAUAGGUGGCAGAGAGGCGGUGGCACACUCUCGGCCCUACAUGGCCUCCAUCCAGGUUCCUGAAGGAGAGAACAUGAAACACGAGUGUGGAGGCUUUGUGGUGGGAGAUCAGUGGGUGAUGACUGCAGUGCACUGCCUGCCAACAGGGCCAAAUGGAAGGCAGGUAGUGCUGGGUGUCCAUUCUCUGAGUGAAGCUGAAGAGACGAAGCAGACAUUUGAUAUCAUGGAACUUUACAAUCACCCAGACUUCAGCGCUUCAAAUUAUGAUAAUGACAUUGCUUUAAUCAAGUUGGAUCGUCCAUUCAACAUCUCUGAGGCUGUUAAAGCAGUGCCAUUCCUGCGAACAGGUGGCACAAACCCCGGCAGAGAUGAAGAGGUGGACUCGGCUGGAUGGGGGUCCCAGGAUGAUCUGGGGUCCAGGCCAGACAAGCUGAAGGAGGUGGUCAUAGAGAUGGUCAGCUCAGUCCGGUGCAGACGCAGCGACUACUUUGGCAGGAAGUUCACCAACAACAUGAUGUGUGCUCAUAAAGUUUGCCCGGACCCCUGUGACCAACCUGACAAGAAGGAAGACACGUGUGAUGGUGACUCUGGAGGUCCUCUGCUCUACAACGGCGUCGCAGUGGGCAUCACUUCCAACGGAGGAAAGAAGUGUGGCCAGAUUAAAAAGCCUGGAAUUUACACCAUAAUCUCCCUCUACACUGAGUGGAUCACCAGCACCAUGCAGCCCACUGAAGCAGUUGGAAGUUAAAAAAAUCCUGCUUUCACUGAUGCUCUAGAGAUUGAUCUGCAAUACUGCAAACAUACUACAAACACAUUUAAAAACAGAUUGCCCAUCACGUUAUAAAGGAAACAAUAAAGUACAGUUUAUCACAUUCA